CAAGGCACUGUGGCAGCUAUAAACAGUUGCCAUGGCGGUAAACCUCUCUAGAGCUUCGGGAUCGAUUCGAUAAAUGUGUUUGACAUUUCAAUUAGGGUUCAACAAUUUCAUCAAUUUUACCAUGUUCUGCCCUUUUCUUUUCUUUACAUAGUUUUCCUACUACAAAGAUUUCUUAGAAAUUUCCCGGAUUUUUCAAUUUAUUUUUUUAAAAAUUCCCAUUGUUGAAGUAAGUGGAUUGAGAUUAAAAGUGAAAAUGCUGUGUAGUUUUGCAGUGAAAGCAAGGAGUUUGAGAACUAGGGCAUUUUCCCCUUUGGCAGUCGGACUAAUGGUGUCUAAGAGGCUCCUUUCAAACUCAUCCGUGUCGGCUUCAUCAACUGUUGAGGGAAAGACAGAUAAGAAGCUCAAGGGAUUAGCUACUGCAGACCUCAAUUCUGAUGAGGGUGAAGUUAAGGUUGUUGAUUGCUUUGGUUAUUUCCACUAACCUUACUGUUGAUUUUAUAUGCUUUGUAGGUUUUUGGAUGGUGUGUGGUUUUAGUUGUUUCGGCUUUUGGUGGAUUGUAGGGGAAUGGCGGGAAAGGUAAAGUGGUUGAGCAGGGCAAGAAUGAUAAUAAAGAACAAGGUUUGGCGGGCACCAAUCAAAAUUCCAAAGAGGGUGUUUUUAAGGACAUCAUGAGUGAUCCUGGCAGAAUCAAUGCAAUGACAGUUCAACAACUUAAGGCCGCAUUGCGCUUUAGUGUAUCAUUUCAUGAACACUAGUAGGACACUGUGCACAUAUCCUAAAUUCUUUAAGGCCAUUGAUGAUAAAGAGAAUAAACCACAAAGAAGCUGUGCAGUAAAACAUUAUGCAUGUA